CGCAACUGUGUGUUUGUCAUUUUGUCUUGUCACGAAGUGUUCAUCAGCUUUUAAGAGUUUUAGGAGUUUAUUAUUUCAGAUUUCUGGACUGAACCCGCUGGAGAAAAUGUUUCACAGAUUUCUGAUUUGUUUGUUGAUGUGCCGUCUGACUGGUGUGUUUGGUGCUACUUUUCUAGGAAAGCCAAUGUCAGUGAUGGAGGGAGAUUCUGUUACUCUACACGCUGAUAUUACUGACCUACGGAAAGAUGAAGUGAUAGAGUGGAGUUUUAUACUGCAACGGUCUCGCACAAUCGUUGCAAUCAAUAAAGCAGCUAAUAAGAUAUCAAUAUAUGAUGAUGUUCUUGAUGGGAGAUUCAGAGACAGACUGCAGAUAAAUGAUCAGACUGGAGAUCUCACCAUCACAAACAUCACAACUCAACACACUGGACUUUACAAAAUAAACAGAGGGACUUCAUCCAGAUUCUAUAUUAAAGUCUAUGGUGCUCAUGAAGUGAAGUCAGUGUCAGUGAUGAAGGGAGAUUCUGUUACUCUACACAUUGAUAUUGAUGAAAUACAGAGAUAUGAUGAUUUACGGUGGACAUUUGGACCUCAAUAUACUUUUAUUGCUGGAAUCUAUAGAUGGCCUCUUAAUGAAAUCUCAAUACGUGAUGAUGUUCUUGAUGGGAGAUUCAGAGACAGACUGCAAGUGAAUAAACAGACUGGAGAUCUCACCAUCACAGACAUCACAACUCAACACACUGGACUUUAUCUAAUGGUCAACAACUAUGUAGAGGAUUUAUCCAGAUUCUAUAUUAAAGUCUAUACUCAUCUGCCCGUUCCUCUCAUCACCUUUAACUCUUCACAAUGUCCUUCAUCAUCAUCACCAUCAGUCUCAAAUUGUUUAUUAUUGUGUUCAGUGUUGAAUAUGAGAGGUGUGAGUCUGUCCUGGUACAAAGGAAACAGUUUAUUGUCCAGCAUCAGUGUGUCUGAUCUCAACAUCAGACUCUCUCUACCUCUGGAGGUUGAAUAUCAGGAUACAAACACAUACAGCUGUGUACUCAACAAUACCAACACAAACCAAACUCAACAUCUCAACAUCACUCAACUCUGUCAGCCGUGUUCAGAUUGUGUCAGCUGUUGUGAUACGACUGAAUCUGUGAUCCGAUUGGUCGUCUCUGCUCUUGUGGGCGUGGCUACUGUAGCUGUUCUGAUUUAUGACAUCAGAUCCAAAUUUGAAUAGGAGAGAAGAUCAUAGAUAUCAGCAAACACAGACUUCAUCUAUAUGUAGAGAUUCACAGCUUACAACUUUGGGUUCCAGACUGUUGUGGUUUUUUCCAUUAUUUUUUGUGGGUAAGAGGCAAUCAAGGGAAAAAGAAUUUAAAAGAUUUGUCCAUAAUCCCGCAACAUGCUUUUCUAUUUUUCCUAAAAAGUAUUUUAUGGCCCAAUGUAUAAAAUGACUUUAUUUUCACUACUCAUUCUCAUUUAUCUUUCAUUGUUUGUGGGGUUUAGAGGACUUUAACAUCUGUUGAUGAUGUUUCUUCUUCUGAAGCAUUAAUCUUCAAUCAGAUCACAAGUGCCGAAUAUAUACUGUAUGUACUUACAUGUAAACUUAAAA